CUUUACAAAAUGCACGUGCGAAAUAAUGCAUAACGUCAUUUGCAUGGUUUAUAAAUCAUUGAAAUCAAGAAUUCUGGACAAUUUUACUGCAAACACUCGUUCAUAGAGACGAGAAAAAAUGACUUUACUGUGCAAUCACAGUGUGUUGAUAUUGUUGUGUUUUACAUCGAUCGAAGCAUUUCUUAUUAGAGAUAAUGUUAAUUGUCUUUUGACUGCCUGGUCGCAGUGGAGUGAACCGAAUAGCUCGGGUGAACAGACAAGAUCAAGGCAAAUUAUGCGUUAUCCAUCUGGUAGAGGGAGGCCUUGUGAGGAGCUUAAUGAGAUUAGAGUUUUUGAAGUUGACUGUGAGGUAUCAGUCUGGACACAAUGGAGUGACAAUUUUGGAUUUGGUGAACAGAGUAGGACAAGAACUAUUUCACAGCCUUCGAGAGGAGCCAGAGGGAAAUGUCCAGAGCUUGAGGAAGUCCGCUACACAGGUGUUGUACCUAGUGUAAAAGUAACAACAAAAAACGUUAAAAACUACUUUGUACGAGCAGAUAGAAAAUAUCGUAAGGACAAUCAAAUAGGAAAAGUGGAAACUCCAAACGAGAAAGGGCUGACAAGAGACCUUGUCAUCAUUAUGGAUAGCUCAGGAAGUAUUAACAGGGGUCCAUUUCAGGACGCAAAGAUCCAAACAAGCAAACUAAUUGGCCUACUACGUCCACCCGACAAGCCAUUUGACAAAGUUGCCGGACAACCCUAUCAAUACAAUCAGACUGCUAUGCUCAUUUAUUCAAAUAUUGUUGAGGAAACAUUUGACUUCAAGCGCUACAAUACAACCUCAGAUAUACAGAAUGCAAUCUCUAGAGCAACUUAUUUCGAUAAGAGUACUAAUACAGCAGAAGCUUUCAGGAGAGCAAAGGGACUCUUUACAACUGCCAAAGGUGCAAGGGAUCCUACUCGGGCAAAACGUGAUGUACAUAGUCUGACACAUGCUAAAUCUGACAAUGCUGCUAAAACAUUUGCUGCAGCUGAAUCUCUUCAACCCGUUGCUGAUAUGCACGGGCUGAUGACUGGGAGCUUUACAUCAGAUAGGAUUAGUCAAACGUUGCACACCCCAAAGGAUAGGAUUAGUCAAAUGUUGCACACCCAAAACGAGGUAUCAGUCUGGACACAAUGGAGUGACAAUUUUGGAUUUGGUCAACAGAGUAGGACAAGAACUAUUACACAGCCUUCGAUAGGAGCCGGAUGGAAAACUCCAGAGCUUGAGGAAGUCCGCUACACAGGUGAGAUUUACGGUAUUGUACCUAGUGUAGAAGCAACAGCAAAAAACUUUGAAAACUACUUUGUACGAGCAGAUAGAAAAUAUCGUAAGGACAAUCAAAUAGGAAAAGUGGAAACUCCAAACGAGAAAGGGCUGACAAGAGACCUUGUCAUCAUUAUGGAUAGCUCAGGAAGUAUUCGCAACGGUCCAUUUCAGGACGCAAAGAUCCAGCAAGCAAACUAAUUGGCCUGCUAUGUCCAUCCGACAAGCCAUUUGACAAAGUUGUCGGACAACCCUAUCAAUACAAUCAGGCUGCUAUGCUCACUUAUUCACAUAUUGUUGAGGAAACCUUUGACUUUAAGCGCUACAAUACAACCUCAGAUAUACAGAAUGCAAUCUCUAAAGCCACAUUCUUCGAUAGUGGUACUAAUACAGCAGAAGCUUUCAGGAGAGCAAAGGGACUCUUCACAACUGCCAAAGGUGCAAGAGAUCCUGCUCGGGCAAAACGUGAAGUACUUAUCCUGACAGAUGGUCAAUCUGACAAUGCUGCUAACACAUUUGCUGCAGUUGAAUCUCUUAAACGCGUUGCUGAUGUGUACGGGCUGAUGACUGGGAGCUUUUCAUCAGGUGGGAUGAAAGAACUUACGAAAUACGUUUCUGCACCAAUUAAUGAGCACCUGUUUUAUGUACAGAAUUACCAAGUUCAGGGAAAAUUGGUGGCGUACAUUCAAGACAGUAAGAAAGCUUUGGGACCAAAGUGGUGUGCAACGUUUGAUAUAUGAGUUGAAUUGAUUUGAUACUGAGGAUAACUUACUUUAUUUUAUCAUCAAGUAGAAAUUGUACAUACCUUUUUACGAAUUGAUCAAAUGAUUGUUGCCAAUAUAACCUUAACAUUUCUUUACCAUGGAAAAAUAUGGACAUAGAAUCAAAACUUAUUCUCAUCGUUUAAGGCAAAACUGUUUUAAGUAGACCUUUGUUCACACUGGAUUCCUCACUGAACGCAAACUUUGACUUAUGAAUCUGCCUGACGGCAAAUAUCAAACAUCGAAACCUUAGUCUAUUUAAUUAAUAUUGGAGUGUAGAUUUACAAAAACUAUCUGGAAAUGUAUAGAACAGAAACUAUGUAAUAGCACAACAAAGCUGCGUACUAAUUUUACACUUGAUGUACUUUUUUGCUUAUACAAACAGACUUAC